GAACAUUAAAAACAUCUUCACCGUCUUUGAACAAAUCGUUUGUUCUUUCACUUUUAACGAGCCAUACAUCAGCUCACGGGCAUCCAAGCCAACUGCUUUUGUCCUAUCACUUCAUCAUUUAUAUUAGGUCACUCGCUCUCACAAUCAAUCCAUUAUUUUUUUGUAAGCUUUAGCUGAUAUGUCUGUAGGGAUCUUUGCUUCGCCGGUCGCCGGUUCUGGUUUUGUCGGGUUGAAAACCAGUGUUCCAAAGCUGGUUCCGACUAAGGAUUCGGUUUCGUGGAGCAACAGAACUGUCUCCAAUGGUUCAAGAACCCACUGCAUGAAGACAUGGAAUCCGAUCAACAACAAGAAGUUCGAGACGCUCUCUUACCUUCCACCUCUCUCCGAUGACUCCAUCGCAAAGGAAGUCGAUUACAUGAUGAAGAAUGGCUGGAUCCCUUGUCUUGAAUUUGAUGAGGUGGGGGCUGUCCACAGGGAGAACAGUAGGAUUCCAGGAUACUACGACGGGAGAUAUUGGACGCUGUGGAAGCUGCCGAUGUUCGGGUGCAGCGACUCAUCUCAAGUGCUGAAAGAAAUCUAUGAAUGUAAAAAGGCAUACCCCAAUGCUUAUAUCCGCUGCCUGGCGUUUGACAAUAAGCACCAAGCUCAGUGCAUGUCCUUUCUCAUUCAAAAACCCUACUGAAAUCCAGACGGGACCUAGAACAAUACUGCAUACGUCCAUGUGUUCCCCUCCCCCCCCCCACCAGAAAUCUCUGUUUAGAACUUUUCGUCGACUUCUCUUAAUAUAUGAUCUCUCGUUCUUCUGCCUUUUUCCGGUGGUGUCGAAUAAGACGGUGGGUGAAUGAUUAACG